GGCUUACAAAAGCUAUGUUUUUCUUCUACCAGAUCACUGAUUUGCCAUUUUCUCUCUACUCCACAUUUGUGGUUGAGGCACGUCAUGGUUUCAAUAAGCAAAUGAUAUGGUUAUUCUUCAGAGAUAUGUUGAAAGGAAUUUGCCUUAUGGCUGUUCUUGGUCCAUCAAUUGUGUCUGCAAUUAUUGUGAUUGUGCAGAAAGGAGGUGCUUACUUGGCCAUUUAUCUUUGGGGAUUCAUGUUUGUGCUCUCUCUUAUUAUGAUGACCAUCUACCCUAUUCUAAUAGCUCUACUCUUUAACAAGUUUACCCCUCUUCCAAAGGGUUCGCUCAGGGAGAAAUUGAGAAGCUCCCCUCUUCCCUUAAGUUUCCAUUGAAGAAGUUGUUUGUUGUUGAUGGAUCUACAUGGUCA